AUGCGGAGAGGGACAGGAAUCUGGACAUUCCCAGUCUGGCUAUUCAUACACACACUCGGAGCUGGGACUGCCAUUCACUGUGAGGCUUCCUCAGGUUCCCACUGUCAACUCCCCCGGCCUGGGGUAAUCAAGUGCGGGUAUGGGCUGAGCUACCGGCGGAGACGGGAGUCGGUGCCCGUGGUCGGGGGGAGGGAGGCGGACGCGGGUGACUGGCCCUGGCAGGUCAGUCUGCAGAGGAGAAAGGCUCAUUUCUGUGGCGGUUCCAUCCUCAGCUCCUGGUGGGUCCUCACAGCGGCUCAUUGUGUGGAGAGACUCAGUGCCCGACAGGUCACUGUGGAGACGGGAGAGCUGGAGCUCGGACACAGCGAUGCUCUGUGUCACCGCGUGGAGCAGAUCAUCGCCCACGAGGACUACACCCCGAGGAACUUCGACAACGACGUGGCUUUGCUGAAGCUGCAGGAACCUCUGCAGUGGGACCAUCGUCACAUCCCGGUCUGUCUGCCUCUCAAUCCCAACUUCAACAUCAGCAGCUGGAAACAGUGUCUGAUAGCGGGAUGGGGGCACACCUCACACAACAGUACGAAGCUGUCCUCGACACUGCAGGAAGUGGAAAUGGCUCUGAUCAGUUGGGAUACGUGUAAGAAAUGGCUUCCGUCCCUGACCCCCAACAUGCUGUGUGCCGGGUACGAGGAGGGGCGGCGUGACACCUGCCAGGUGCUGGGGCCGGGCUGCUCGGCUGUACGGGCCGGGGGCAAGGGGUGCUGUGGAGCUGGUUGCUGUGGUAACAGGUGCCGGAUGUUUCGAUCUGUGAUCUGCUCGGGCUUUGGGAUUCUGGGCUCCGGAUACUGUCUUGUUGUGUCUGCGACAGGUCUCGCUAACGGGCCCUACUGUGACGUUGGGGAUGACACGUGGGAAUAUCCCUUCAACAGCUCCAGUUACCUGAAAGACCAGGAAUCGUGGUCCGUUUGUGAGAACCCGAAGAACAUUGUCAUGUGGAACGUGGUGCUGUUCUCCAUCUUGUUGGGCUGCAGUGUCCUGGAGAUGGUGCUGUGCGGGUUCCAGGUCAUCAACGGCUGCAUUGGAGUCGUCUGCGGAGAUUGCAGGAAAAAUAGCAAUAGAGACGAUGAAGGUUUAUAAAACUCUCAAGAAAAACACAGAAGACAGACUCCCGAAUUCCAGAGUAAUUAUCCAGAAAUCUCCAUUUAUCAGGUUUAUAUGUUUAUUGUAUAAAAUAUAGACCAUUCAACCCCUUUACUCCCCUCUUCCGCACCCCUCUAUUCCCCUCUCCCCCACCCCUCUA